AUGGUCCGCAUCAACUCCGUGGCAGCCAUUGGCUCCGCCAUGGUGGGCUUGAGCAGUGCCGCUGGCGCUGGCUCUAAGGAGGAGUAUGCCUCCGGCGCAGUUCACCACCGCAUCAUGGGCCUCAAGAUGGCUCAAUGGGAGGCCGAGAUGGCUGCCGGUCUCAUGGACAGCUCGCAAUACCCCGAGCUCGGCUACACCCCCUGCGUCAACGGAUUUGCUGCUGCCAUUCCCGGAGACGUCAACAACACUUUCAGGUGCCGCAACAUCGACUUGUACCACUUCCUCUCCCACGAGGCACUCGGCAGCUGGGGCGGACGUGGCUCCUCGUCUUGGGGUUGGACUUCGGCCGACGGUCGCGAGUUCGUGGCCCUCGGUCAAUACGACGGCACUGCUUUCGCCGAGAUCUCGAGCGAGGGCAAGCUGGUGUACCUCGGCCGCCUGCCCCAGUACGACUCCAUCGGCUCGAACUGGAGGGAGAUCCGCAUCGUGCGAGACCUCGUCGUCAUUGGCUCCGAGGCCAUCAACCACGGCGUGCAGUUCUUCGACAUGAAGAAGCUGCUCGACCUGGACCCUGCCAACCCCAGGAACUUCACCCAGGAUGACCUGACGGGCCACUGGAACGAGCUCCCCGUCGGCCGCACCCACAACAUCGUGGUCAACCACGAGCUCAACUACGCCAUCGCCUGCGGCUCCGUCGGUGGCAACGAGACCAUCCGUGUCCGAGACGAACUGCCCUGCCGCGGUGGUUUGAUCUUCCUCGACAUCAGCGACCCCACCAACGUGACCAGCCCCGGCUGCGCGGCCGGCGACGGCUACGUCCACGACGCCGAGUGCCUCGUCUACCGUGGACCCGACGAGCGUUACUACGGCAGGGACAUCUGCUACGGCUACAACGAGGACACCGUGACCAUCUACGAUGUCACCGACAAGAACGGCAACGUCACCAACAUCAUCUCCGUCAGCGAUUUCCCCGGCGCCGAGUACAUCCACCAGGGUGUCGUCAACAACGAGACCUGGCAGGAGUAUCUCUUCCUGGACGACGAGUUCGAUGAGCGUGACGCCAAGGUCGGCCCCAUGACCCAGGGUCUUCCUACCACCCACAUCUUUGAUAUCCGGGACCUCGAGAACCCCAAGUACACCGGCUAUUACGCCGGUAAGACGCGGUCCAUCGACCAUAACCAGUACAUGAUCGACGGGUACCUGUACCAGUCCAACUACGGCAACGGCCUUAACGUCCUCGACGCGCGCAGCGUCACCACGGACCCCACCGGCAGCAGCAUCUGCGAGGCCGGUUUCUUCGACGUGUACCCGGAGGACGACGAACUAGAGGGCGGCGGCGCCGUCGCCUUCCUGGGCUCGUGGUCGUCGUACGCCAACUUCAAGUCGGGCUUCAUCUUCGUGCACACCAUCGAGCGCGGCAGCUUCGUGGUCAAGAUGACGUCCAAGGAGUGCGAGAAGCCCCCCGUCUGCAACGCCAACAACUGCCUGCGUGCCAUGCGGGCCGAGCACAUCCCCGGUCGCCUGGAGGGUUCGCAGGAGUUCUGCGGCAACUUCACCGUCCGGCUGAACGACGAUGAGGGCCUGCUCCCCGAGUAUGCCGCCAACGCGUGCGGUGGCCAGGACAGGGACCCUAUUGAGCGUGUCAGCAGCGCCUGUGCCUGCUUGCCCAAGACUGAGGUGCCUGAGCUGCCCAGGACGACCACUCGUCCUCCCGUCCCGACGGUGCUGCCCCCUUAA